GCCGGGGUACACAAUGGAGUCGGACGACUGGCUUGGACACUAGAGGAGUCUCUUUGCUUUUGUAAGCGGCAGUUAGAGUAUUAUGAAAUAACCGCAGAGGUUCGAGCCUGGCGGCCAACAGUGGCGGUAACGCCGUCCACAGACGAGUUUAUCGGAAAACGAAGGGUGCUGAGUAACUGUCGAGUUCACCUGUAUGUAGUCUUCUUUAGCACUGGCUGCUCUUCUACAUUUUUCCAAUGUCUUUGUCCGAAAGAGCAGUGAAAUAAACCGUCCGAUAUAACUGCUGAGGAAAAUGUCAGAGGUCAACAUAGCCAAGCGCAAGGAGAAGUGCGAGAACUGCACCAAACAGUGCAAUAAGAAGCAAAGCGAAGAUGGGGCCAACUCAAACCAGGAAAGCGAAGAAGUCAAUGGGCAGGUGAAUGAAGGCUCCCAGCUUUUGUUGAGCGCAUGCCUGUCCUGUGACGGCUGUCUGUCAGACGAGGACACCUUGAAGAUCUCUCAGCAGGGUCUGGAGGAAGUGGAGCGAGUUCUGGCGCUGAAUAAGAAGUGUGAUGUGUCGAAGCACAAGGUGCUGGUGGCGUCAGUGUGUCCGCAGUCUCUGCCUUUCUUUGCUAUCAAGUUCGGUGUGGACAUCACUGAAGCGGCCCACAAGCUCUGCGGCUUCCUCAAGCACAUCGGAGUGCAAUAUGUGUUUGACACCACUCUGGCAGCUGGCUUCAGCAUCCUAGAGAGUCAAAAGGAGUUUAUUCAGCGAUAUCGCAGGAGGCACCAUGACUCCCACGCCCUGCCCAUGUUCACCUCCUCCUGUCCAGGGUGGAUCCGCUAUUCAGAGCGUGUUCUGGGCAGCCUGGUCACUCCUCAUAUCUGCACAGCCAGGUCUCCCCAACAGAUCAUGGGGUGUCUGGUCAAAGACUACUUCUCUAAACAGCAGCAGAAGUUGAGUCCAGAGAAACUCUACCAUGUGGUGGUGGCUCCCUGCUUUGAUAAAAAGCUAGAAGCUGUCAGAGAAGAGUUCUACAACAGUAUGCUGGAGACCAGGGAUGUAGACUGCGUACUUACCUCAGGGCAGAUUUAUUACCUGAUGGAGCAGAGGAAGGUGUCGGUGGAGGAGCUGGACUCAGUUCCACUGGACCAAGUGCUGGGAGACGGUGGAGACGUGGCGCUGAUGAGACAUGACGGCAGAGGCUCUGAAGGUUUCCUGGAACACGUGUUCAAACACGCUGCUAAAGAACUCUUUGGUGUGGAUGUCCAGGAGAUCACAUACAAGACCCUCAGGAAUCGGGACUUCCAGGAAGUGACACUAGAGCGGGAUGGUGAAACACUUCUGCAGUUUGCUGCUGUCUAUGGUUUCAGGAACAUCCAGACUCUGGUUCACCGUAUGAGAAAGGGACGAGUCCCUUAUCAGCUGGUGGAGGUGCUGUCCUGCCCCGGAGGGUGCUUGAGCGGCCGCGGUCAGGCUGAGAGUGAGGGAGGUGCAGGCCGGCUGGACAAAGCCUUGGUCAACCAGAUGGAGGAGAUCUACAGCAGCCUUCCAGUCCGGCUCCCAGAAUUCAACCCUACCCUGCACACCCUCUAUCAGGACUGGCUGGAGGGUCAGGACUCGUCACAGGCCAGAAAGUUGCUGCACACAGAGUACAGAGAUCAGAGUCACGGCCACGCACAGCCCCCACACAUGCAGUGGUGAGAAGAAAGGGAGCGUCUUCCUUUGAAGACAUGAAUGGACAGCUAUUCGAUUGUGCUUCUGCCUGGACCAUCACAUAUUCUAAAAAACUGUGGAUGACGCAGAAUGACGGACCAGUGACUGACGUCUCAAUAGAUCAUUCUUCCAUUUAACCACAGGGGGGUGGUUAAAUCUAUUGUGCCGAGCCUGAUGAUAUGUGAGGGGCAGAAAAACAAACACUUAGAAAUGAUACAGAGUGAAUCAGUGAAUGCAGUGAGGUGUUCUUAAACUGGCAAAAAACAAGAUCAGCUGCUGUGCCAGCUGUUCUAAUAAGUGACAUCUGUAGCAAGUCUGAACCAUCAGUCUGUCGAGUCACAGAGCAAUAACCCCUUGAGAAAACAGAAGCUUUUAUCACAACUGGAACUCAUGAACCGAACCUGUGGAUGCUGAAUGUAUAUUUGAUGAGUUUGAAUCUUAGCUGUCCAGUAUGAAUCAUGCAGUUUUCCAUGCUAAAGUCAUCUCCACUGUUCCUAGCUGAAAGACUGCGUGUUCUCUAACACAGUGAUAACUAUGCAACAGUGUCCUAUUGAAUCAGUCACAGUAAGUCUGAUGCAUUAUUCAGAUUAUCCGUCCCAGAGGAAAGACACUCCUUCUAUUUAAGGCUGCAAGAGGGUUUCAUUUGUGUCACUGCUCCAGUUUCACAAACUAGUAUUUUUAUUAAGUUAUGCAUAUUGUUUUACAAGAUCAAACAUUCAUGUCCUAUCUGAAGCACAAAAAGAAAAAUGCUUCUCACAAAUAAGUGACUUGUCUCAUUCUGGUGCUGAUGGUUUUUUGUUUUGGUCUUGGGACCUGGUCAUAACAUAAAGAGACGUCACUCUGGAAACUUUUAAACUUUUUUUUUUUUGGUCCUUUGAGAACCAAAAGAUGCUGAUCUCUCCAAACCAGGCUGAUCACCAAAUAAUCUAGAUAGAAAAACAGUACUACAGGUCACAGGAGAAAUGUGUAUAGUCUUAGUGGAAGCAUAGAAGAACUAGAGAACAAGAAGGGACCAAAAUUUGAGCCUUAGGAACUCCACAGACGAGAGGGAGCUCUAAAGAGGAGGCAUCACUGAUGAUUGAUGGCUGAAAAUAUUUAGAUUUUCUGUGUUGUCAUUAAGCGAACAAAUGGAUUAAUCUUUGAAUUUCUUCAAAAUAAAUAUUAAAACUGGCAAUUUAAAGAAAAAGGUUAUGACACUGUUGAAAUAACAUGCAUAUUCACACUUAUUAUUGCUUAUUAUUUAGAUCCAGGUUGUCUCUGAGUCAAAGGGAAAUGGCUCAUCUGACGUUUUCUCACCAACACCUGCCAAGUUGUUCAGUCUGUAGUCGCAUCAAAUUAAAGCAAAAUAUGAGAUUUAUUGUUUUCUUGGAGGGAGAAAAA